GGAAGGCAAGGGCGGCACACGCUCGCCGGGCCCCCGCCUGCGAGCCGCGGCCGCCCCGGGCGCGGGCAGGGCCGCGUGCCCGGCGGGAGGCACCGGCACGGCCCGGAGGUGCCGGGCCCGCUCGCCGCCGGGGCGGGGAGGCCGCGGGGCCGGCAGGUGUCGGGCCCCGCUCGCCCCACGCCGCGGGGAAGCAGCGCCAUGUCCGCUCCCGCUGGGCGACGUCCGUGCCGGGUUUUGCACCUUGUCCCCGGGUCUGCCUCACGGCCCCGAGCAGCCGCCGCUGCCGCCGCCGCCGCCGCCGCUGCGGUGUUUACUGAGCGCUCCUGUCCUGAUAUCACUCCGCUGGCAUGGAGGAGGAGGAGGUGGAGGAGGAGAGCAUUUGAUCAUUGUGAUGGUGGCAGGAGGAGCAGCAGCCAGCACGACAGAGCAAAGCGCUAGGCUGUAUCAGCUCAGCGUUUGGCAGAGACUUCAGAGCGCUACUUUUUUUUUUUUUUUUUUUUUUUCCCUUUUUCCUUUUUUCCUCUCCAGCUCGGUCCGGAUUGUUUAUGUGUUUACUUCCCCCAGCCCGAGGAUUUGAAAUGCAACUGAGCAGCCAAAGUACUUUACGAACACGGUGCGGCAUAAACACCAAAACUUUUUUCUAGAAGGAAAAUACAAUAAGCAAGCGGCUUUGCCUGUCUUUUGAUGCCGUGGAGUGAGAGUGAGUGUGCCGUGUGUACCCAGCGUGUGCCUGUGCUCGGAUGUGUGUGCGUGUGAGCGGGCGUGUGUGUGUGUGCAUGUGGAGGGGCGCGUGUUUCUCCUCAUCCAUGGGGAGACAAGGCUUUUGGCAAAAUCUCCGGAAAUCUCGUGGAAUCUGUUUUGAAAUAAUGGAUUAUAAAAAAGAAAGAGGUGGAAAGGAACUGGUCUGAUAUCUCCUGGAGUUUGCUAAUCCGAACUGCUGCUGCUUAGUUUGUUGUGCCUUUUUUGUGUGUGUGUGUGUUGGUUAUGUUGCUGCCGAUAACCUUUUAGCACCUUCUCUAUUUCCCUCCCCCCUUCCCUCUCUCUUUUUAAUGUUUUGGAGCUUCUCGAGAGGGAUUGGCUGGGGGAAAAGAGAAACAUUUGCUUGGGAUCGCUGUUUCCCUGAUACAUGAUGGUGCCCCUUCACCCCCCCCUGCCCGGUUCUCUAAAAAGUAUCCCGUCAGGACCCCAGAGGAGACUGUAUGUGUGAAGUGUAGGAUAAAAAGUUCUUCCAAAACAGUGUGCACGGGGACGAGGAUGGGGGAUUUUGCAGCCCCCGCUGCCGCCGCGAAUGGCAGCAGUAUUUGCAUCAACAAUAACCUGAAGAGCAGCCUCGGCGGGGCCGGUAUCGGGGUUACCAGCACUCCCCACGGCCCUCCUGCCGCCGCUCCCGGUAACAAUAACGCCGGCAGCGGCGGCAUUCCCAAGCACAGCACGGUGGUGGAGCGGCUGAGGCAGCGCAUCGAGGGCUGCCGGCGGCACCAUGUCAACUGCGAGAGCAGGUACCAGCAAGCCCAGGCGGAGCAGCUGGAGCUGGAGCGCAGGGACACGGUGAGCCUCUACCAGCGGACCCUGGAGCAGAGGGCCAAGAAGACGGGCACCGUCGGCGGCAGCGGCAGCAGCAGCAGCAGCAAGCAACAGCACCAGAGCAAACAGCAGCAAGAUGCUGAGCCCGCCACGGCGGAGCAGAGGAACCACACGCUGAUCAUGCUUCAAGAGACAGUCAAAAGGAAGUUGGAAGGCGCACGUUCACCUCUCAAUGGAGAACAGCAGAAUGGAGUUUGUGAUGGGAACUUUUCUCCAACCAGCAAGCGGACACGCAAGGAUGUGCCAGGCAUUGAGGCAAUCAACAGCUUGCCCAUUAAUUUGCCUUUGCCUGCUGUUUCUCCUCUUCACCAGCUUGACAUGAAAGCUCCUCUGCUCCUGCAGAACAGUGGAACCCACAAGAGUGGUGUCGAAGACUUGGGUGAAAAUGGUGGGCUUUCUGAGAUAAAGCUCCCUGUUAAUGGCUGCAGUGAGCUGGAUGAUAGUUUUAACAUCCUGCACAACAAGGAACUAAAGCAAGAGCCUCUGGAUGACUCCAACUGCAUAGACACUUCUGAAACAUCUCUUUCAAAUCAGAACAAGCUCUUCUCAGACAUUAACCUAAAUGAUCAGGAGUGGCAGGAGCUUAUAGAUGAGCUGGCAAACACCGUCCCAGAAGAUGAUAUACAGGAUUUGUUCAAUGAAGACUUUGAAGAGAAGAAGGAGCCCGAAUUUCCCAGGCCUGCCACAGAGACUCAGGAGAGUGCGAGCGUAAAAAGUGAUCCAUCCCAUUCUCCAUUUGCUCAUGUUCCAUUGGGGUCUCCCCAGGUCAGACCAUCUUCUUCUGGUCCUCCAUUUUCCAACAUCUCCUCAGGCUCCAGCGUUGCUUCUGCAUCCAGCGCACCGCUGGCCCCAGUCCCUGCUGGAUCACCAGCAAACUGUGUUGUCCAGUCCCCUCAGACUCCCAGCCAGGCCCACACUCCUGGACAGACACAGGCGCGCUCUGGGAAUGGCUUCCUCAUGAACCUGGCAUCGGCUGUGGCAGGAUCGGGGCCUGGGCCGGUGGCCCUGCCUAGUGCCGACCUGUCCCCAGCUGAGCAGCUCAAGCAGAUGGCAGCCCAGCAGCAGCAAAGAGCCAAGCUCAUGCAGCAGAAGCAGCAACAGCACCCAAAUCAGCCCUCAAGCUGGUCACCAGUGGGGCCUCCAUCUAGUCCCUAUGGAGGACCCUUCAGUGCAGACAAACCAAAUAGUCCAAUGGUAUAUUCUCAAGCCUUUAACAACCAAAACCCUAUAGUGCCUCCUAUGGCAAACAAUCCCCAGAAGACCACAAUUAAUAACUACCUCCCUCAAAAUCACAUGAACAUGAUCAGUCAGCAGCCAAAUAAUUUGGUCACAAACUCCUUGGGAAAACAGCCCAAUAUGCUUUCUUAUGGCAACACCAAACCUCUGACGCAUUUCAAUACGGAGCUGAGUCAGAUGAUGAGCCCAGCAAUGGCAAAUCCCGGGAAGAACACCAUGAUGCCGUACAUCCAGCAGCAGCAGUCCCAGCAGACGCAGAUGCCAGCUCAGGUGGCACACCUGAGCGAGGAGCAGAAACGCCUGCUCAUCAUGAAGCAGAAAGGAAUGAUAAAUCAGCCCAUGGGAUAUGCAACGCUCCCUGCCCUCGGCCAGGAGCACCAGGUGGGAUUGUCAGGGCCCAUGGGGCCCAUGCAGCCUUCCGUGCCAGCGGGCUCCAGCAGCGCAGUCACCGGCAGCAGCUCUGGGGGGCACUUCCUCGGGAGCCAGCCCCAGGCAGCCAUCGUGAAGCAGAUGCUGAUCGAGCAGAGAGCACAGCUCCAUGUGAUGGAGCAGCAGAAACAGCAGUUUCUCCGAGAGCAGAGGCAGCAGCAGAUCUUAGCGGAGCAGCAGAUGCAGCAGCAGUCACAUUUGCCUCGGCAGCAUCUGCAUCAACAGCGAAGCCCGUAUCCAGUGCAACAGGUCAAUCAAUUCCAAGGUUCGCCCCAGGAUAUAGUGGCUGUGAGAAACCAGGUAGCACUCCAGAGCAUGAGGACAUCCCGAAUGAUGGCCCAGAACGCGAGCAUGAUGGCCAUGGGUCCCUCCCAGACCUCGAGCACGCUGCUCACCACAGCAGGCCAGUCGGAUAUGGGCAUGACUCCCUACAGCAAUGCCUCUUCCAGCCAGCCAGGAAUGUACAGCAUGAGCACGGGGAUGAGCCAAAUGUUGCAGCACCCAAACCAAAGUGGCAUGAACAUGGCACAGAGCACGGGCCAGGGAACAAGGCAGCCUGCCUCUGGACAAGCAGUGGGAAUGGUUGGCAGUUUUGGUCAGAACAUGCUGGUAAACUCUGCUCUUCCCCAGCAUCAGCAGCAGACAAAAGGACCUGUGGGCCAGGUCUUGCCAAGGCCACAAGCACCACGACUUCAAAACCUGACAGGGACUGUCCCUCAAGGAACACAAAACUGGCAGCAGCGAGGCUUGCAAGGCAUACCUGGAAGGACUAGUAGUGAAAUGGGGCCCUUCAACAACGGCACCACGUAUGCAAUGCCAUCUGGGCAGCCACGGCUGUCCAAGCAGCACUUCCCACAGGGCCUCAAUCAGACAGUUGUGGACACAAGUGGGACAGUGAGAGCCGUGAACCCAGCGCUGGGGAGGCAGUUGCUGCAACCACUGCCUGGGCAACAGGCAGCCAGCCAGGCCAGGACAAUGGCGAUGCCAGGAAUAAGCCAAGGGGUCCCUGCCAUGUCAGGCUUCAAUCAGCCCCAAAUGGCAGGUGGUGCCUUUGCUCAGAGCAGCCAAGGUCAGGCCUAUGAGAGGAAUCCCACCCAGGACAUAUCUUACAACUACAGUAAUGGAGGAGCAGGGGGGUCAUUCUCCAAUUUAGCAGAGGGCACAGAUCUUGUGGACUCCAUUAUUAAAAGUGGACCAGGGGAUGAGUGGAUUCAAGAACUUGAUGAGUUGUUUGGAAACCCCCAGUGAAUGGGAUUGUAUAGUCUGGAGUUUUGGUUAUGUUUCGUUAUGUUUGAGCAAGCAAAGAGGAAGUCAGAUGUUCUACUCAUCCCUGGAUUGUUGGUUAUUGUUUGUGUUAGUUUGGUUUGGGGUUAUUUCGUUUUCUUCUGUUUUUAAUUGUGCAAACCAAGCUGAUCUGUAGCCAACUUUGGAAGAUUCAGGGGAUGAUGAAAACAUCAGCAUCCCAAAACUGUCAUCAAGCAAUCUUUGCUGUGCAGCAGCACCCACUCUGUGUGUGUGUGUGUGUGGCAGAAUGGAGAAACUGGAAAAGCCAGCUGAUGCAUCUGGCUGGGAAUAUUUGUUCUUCCCCACUUAAAACAAGGUUUCAUUGCACAGUGGUGAGGGGUGGUCCCGGUAUGUCCCACCUUACAUGACUGUGCACAUUGCAGCUUCCAGGGAAGCAGAUGGAAGAGCUGGGAGCAAAGCCUACAGAUAUUCAGGGGUGAUUGCAACGGCUCUGGUCAGAAACAUGCUUAAGCCCAGGGCCAAGCAGGUCUGGGAGAGCCAUGGCCAGGCCAGUGGGGCUGGCUGUGGUCUGUCCUAAGGGAAUGCACAACACUCACAUGACAAACCUAAACAAUCACAGGGAAGUCACCGUUUUCACUGCAGAGUGAUAAACCCCACUACAAGUGCAGAAGAACAUAAAUUAGGCAGCGUUGUGAAGGCAGAUUGAUUAUGUGACUGCUGCUGGAGACAGCCUAGUACUGGGUUAACUUAAUGAACUGCUUAGUCCCCUUGGGACUUGAAAUAGUGCUUCCCAAGUCAGAGCACUUGGCAUGGCCCUGCUGCCUGGAGUGUUGAAGGCUGAGAGGUACCAAGAGACAUUAGCAGAGCUGGUCCCUCCCUCUCCUUCCUCCCCAGGGUGUUCUCAGUUCACUCCCUUCUCCUCUUGUUCCUUCAGUGUAAAGCAAGCUGAGGUGGCUGCACUUUUUUUUUCAGGCAAGCCACAAAGGGCCAGGCAGGGGAGGAUAAAACAGGAGAAAACAUACAGUGAGGGUUUGGCACACAGGAAGAGUUUCUCCUCCCUUCUUGAAAAGCCCAGGUUUGGCAGGUAGUAUUACUCCAGGGUGUCUGUGAUAUGUUCAGUUUUAAACAGAUGUUUGGUCUAAUCUCUCUGGUUUGCUGGAAUAAAAUUCACUGCAGUAUUUGAAGAACAGGAGUCAGUGAAGGACUACUGUAAAGAACAUUAAAUGAGUGAGUAAAAUAAUUGCUAUUGUAAGCAUGGGAUCUGCCCAAAUAAGGUUUUAGGUAAUAGGGAUGUAUCACUAUCUCCACUGUAUGGACCAGUGCUGAGCAGCCCUGUGAUGAAGUUGUGACAGAUCUCACACAAUACUGAAGUCACCAGCCAUUCUGAGCGUGUACAGCAGCGUUCCCAAACCUGGAAGUUAUUUGGGAACCCUGCAGUUGGAGGCUGUUUUCUGGAACUUAUUACCUCUUUAGUGUUUUCAGCUGAGAGCUGCUUAUCAGGUUAUAUAGUUGUGCAUAUAAAAAUGUUACCAUGACCCACAGUCCAGAGCUUUAGCACCCUCUGGCCUAGCGCUGGCCUCUGAGAGCCAUGAGUCAUGCUCUGCAGCAGGGUGCUAGUGCCAGUCCCAAUUCCCCAGCUCCUGAUCACCUCCUUUUGUGCUGUCCUCCCUGGGCCCAGUGAUGCUAAGUGCUGAGCCCCUGAAUUCCAUGGAGGCUGAAGGCCUUGGCACUUGGUCCUGCCUUUCCCCGUGGAGCACAGACACACAUCACAUUAAACGGGGAGAGCAAAUGAGUCUGGAACCAUCUCAGUGCCCCAUGAGGCUCCCUUUUGAGCAAUUUCCCUUGGUGGGCUUGCCUGGUGGGGAGAAUUACCUGUUCUAAAUGCUGCGAUGCAGCAGGACAAGCUGCAUUUUUAAUGUGCUAAAGGUGAGCCAUCAAUCCAACCUGCCCUGACUGCUACAUUUUUAAAAAUGGCUUUAAUCUAAUCUCUUUUAGCUGACCCCUUUUUAAAACACAGCACAAGGGCCAAUUCCAGCUCCUGCUGAGGAUGAUGAGCAUGAUUAGCAUGCCUGCUGCUUCAGUAGGAGCCAGGUUGGGCCCUAAUUCAGUGAAAAGGAGCACCAGCCAAAGUUUUUGGUUCAUCCACCACACAGCAGGCAAUGCAAGCUGGUGUGCAUUGGGGAGACACAGGCCUUGGUGGUAAAUGGUGGUCAAGACGAGUCUCUGUUGUCUUUGUAAAGCUUCCUCCAAAUACUCCAUACUGGGAUCAAGUACUAGAGAACAGAUUUUAUUAGAUUUGGGUUGAUUGGGGUUUUUUUCCUUUCUUACUAUGGUGCUGAUGUAUAUGUAAUGUUUUAAAAAAAGUCAUUUGUAAAUAUGUUUUUACAAUUCUAUAGAUAUCACUGGGUCUACUAUCUGUAAAAUAUAUACAUAUAAAUAUAUAUAUAUAAAUAUAUAUAUAUAUAUAUAUACUGUUUGUUUAAAAUAGAGUAUUUUUAUUUCAUUCCUUGACUCAUCCUUACUGCGGUGGUAUUGCACUUCAGAUGACAUCUAAUUAUUAAUUUGUACUGUAUCCCUGACAGCAACUUGCUCCAUUUUAUUCAGAUUUUUCUAGUUUUCUGGUUUUACUUUGUACAUUGAGCAUUGAUUAUUUCCUUUUAAGACCUGUACAGAGUCUGAAAAUGUAGAAAAAUACCUGGUGUUGCUUUUAAAGAAAAAGAAACAAAACAAGAACAAACAAAACAAAACAAGACAAAAAACCAACCAAACAAAUAAAAGAUGGUUAUAUGAGUCAUA